AUGAAAUUCACCUCUUUUCUCCUCAGCGCAGUGGCUGUGGUCGCCGCACCUCUAUCACGGACCACCGACGUACGCCUUAUCACUUACAACAUCCGCCUUGCACCAAACAAACCCCAGCGCGGCGAAGAGCUCUGGCACGUCCGUCGCCCACGCCUCUCCUCCCAAAUCAACUACGAAACCUCCGGGAGGCCAGAAUCUCUUGUUUGCAUGCAAGAAGCGACGUAUCCUCAAAUUCAAGACCUUCAACAAGACCUGGGCGAUCAGUGGAACUAUUAUGGCCUAGGACGCAAGGGCGGCCAUGGGGGAGAGUUUUCCCCCAUUUUUUAUCGCCCUUCCGUCUGGAAUAUCGAGGAGAAAAGGACCUACUGGCUCAGCCCGACUCCUGACAAAGUUGGUUCUCGCGGAUGGGACGCUGCUUUCCCCAGGAUUGUCACUGUUGCACGAUUCCAGCAUCUCAGUACUGGCAACCGCGUGGUUUACAUGUGCACGCAUUUCGAUCACAAGGGGAAAAAUGCUCGCGCGAACUCAGCAAACCUCAUAACCGAACUUACCAACACGUGGUCAUUACACCUGGGCGAAACCAUACCAGUCUUUCUUGGCGGCGACCUCAACUCUGCUCCCAGCGGUUCAGCUUACAAGCAUCUCGCCAGCAAAAUGAACGACGUGAAGCACCUGGUGCCUCUAGCGAAGCGAUUUGGACAUUCGUCCUACACCUACACGGGGUUUACUGUAAACCCGCAAGACGAUAUGGAUCUCGAUCACAUCUUCGUCAAAGACCCGACCGGGAUUGAGUUCAAAUCCUUUGCCGUGCUCAAUUCGCUAUUUGAGGAUGGAGUGUUUAUUUCGGAUCAUCGUCCGGUUGUCGUUGACUUGCGAUUGAAUCAUGUCAGUCGCAAGCAGCGAAGGUCAGGGGAGAUAUCGGAUCAAGAAGAGUAG